AUGUCAUUAGCCUUGGAGUACUCCAAGGUAUUCGCCGUUCAUUAUUUUUCUGUUUCGCAAUAUCUUUUUCUUUAUGAAUCUUAUUUCUUAUUUUUUCUCAUCAAUAGGUCCCCUCUUAGGACUUUUUUCCCCUUUACAUGGCACGCUUGUUUUCCAUCCGCAGUUAAAUCUCUUUUUCACAAAUAAUACACUUUCUUUUAUCAGAAGUCUGUCAGCGAACACCAGAUUUAAUGAUUCUUUUCUUGAUUUCUGAAAUCUUCUUCCUUGAGGGAGGAAAACAAGAAAAAACAAGGAAAAGCAAUUGCAAAGUAAAAAGUACAAAUUACAAAGAUCUGUACAAAAACAAUGGAGAACAAUGUGAAGUACUACAGAAGAUGGCAAAUCGCGAGAAAAUCCUUUUCUUAUCUAUCGAAGUGUAGAGGAAAGAGGAAGAAACAUUGAUAACUGACAACCUCUGUUUCCAAAUCAAAGAAAUUAUUGAUCUGCUUGUUCAAGCAGGCCUCCAUUCUCCGUCAUUUCUCAAGUUCCUCUAACAUUGUCAAUCGAGAAAGAGUUGCUCUUUCUUGGUCACUGUAACCAUUUGUUAAGAAGUGGGGUUUGCAUUUCUUUCACGUUGAAUAAAUAGGUUUACAUGUUUUUGAAAAUGAUUGUUCUGGGAGUUAACGCCUUGAUUAUGCUCAAAGAGUGUUGAUAAUCAACGCAGAGUGCAGAUAAUCAACACAGAUUGUUGAUUAGAUGUCAACACACCUUGCAGCUGUCAGCACCUUUGCUUGUAGACUAUACUAAAUUAAGAAGUUUAAGAUUUUUUGUUUCUUAUAGUAAUCGCAUUUUGAUUGUUUCAGGUCAGUUUUGUCACUUUAUGUAAUAAUUAAUGCACAUUUCCAAACAUAGUUUUUUGAUCAUGACAUGGUUGUCAGUUUUUUGUAUUUUUUUGGUAGGGCACUGUGUCCGACAAUACUGCAGCUGUUGCGAUGGUACAAGAACAUCCAGAAGAUUGUGAACAUGAUUAUCUUCUCAAAGAUGAUAUAGGGGUGGUUUGUCAAGUUUGUGGAGUUAUCAAGAAGAGGAUUUCAACCAUAUUUGAUUAUCAAUGGAGAAAGGUAUUAGAUAAUUUGUUAAUAUUUGGUUGGACACACUUCCAACUUUAUGUGUCAUUUAUUUCUCUAGAUAAUGUUGCAUAAUCCUUAAUAUUAGCUACAAUAAAUUAGGAUGAAAAUUUCUUGAUUUGUUUAUGCUUAUUUGAGAUUAACAAAUGUCAACUUCCGGAUGAUUGCCAGCAUAAUUUGUGUCUCUAUUUUCCGGUUCCUGCUUAUCUAUCUUAUGCAUUGUGGAGAAUGGAUUGGAACUUAAUAAAAUGCCUUCUUCAUUCUUUAUUUUAUGUUUGUAAGCUUUUGUACCCACCCUAGGAUUCCCUGGAUAUUUUUCCGUGUAGACUGCGAAAAAAUGCUGUUAAUUAAUCUUUUCUAUCUCUUUGUGACCACUGACAUCUUUCUCUCACAGAGGAUUACUGCGAUUCAUGAGGGAGGUGAAUUUUAUUUGAAAUGUUUCUUAAUAAUACUUACAAAUGAAAUGUGGUCAUUACAACCUAUUGAGAAGAUAUAGUAUAAUGGUCAUUGAGAUUCUUCACCCGACUUGAUGUCCCGCUAUCUUAUAAGAACAAGUAAUGUGAGAUCAAUGGACUUUUCUGUUUAUAAAUGGAUAUCAAAGAGAACACGUUUGAAAACCAGCUUCAACGUUAGAGGUUCCUUUUCAGUUGUCAACUUCUGAGAUAACGGCUAGCUUAAUAUAUGUCUGAUCUAGAAGAAUGCGUGGAGAAAAUGUGGUGCGCAAUGCUUUCAAUUGACGAUAGUAUAUAUGGAGCUGAACUUCAGGGUUUUGUUGCAAUAGCCUAAGUGGCGAAAGCUCUCUACGCCCUUCAGGAAAUUCUUGAAAAUAUGUUGUGAGGUGGGUAAACAGUGCCAAUGAAAAUGGGGCUUGGAGAGUGCUUUCAUUAUCAGCUCGGUAUGGUCAUUCAAUGUUGAUAAUAGUCUUGACACCGUUUUGGUUGGCAGCCCGGAUGCCUUGCACCUGCUUGCAGGCUAAAUUCUUGAUUUGAAGAACGAUUUAUAUUUUUCUGCCAACAUUUAAUACGUUGUCUCCGUGCCAAAUAUUAGGCUCAACGUUGUCUAUAUAAAUCUGACACCAGGUUUUUGGACACCUUAUGUCUCUGCAUCCUUCCUCAACACUCAUAUCCCUGGCUUCCUCCUUCCAGUAUGUAGGAUCUUAUUCCUACGCAUUGGAUUAAUAGUUUCGUUCUCUAAACCCUCAACAUCUGGCCGUGUGACCAUGUGAUCUUUCAUUACCUUCAAAAAUAUUGCAGAACGGGUUAGAGCCGCUGUUGAGUUGUUCAAGGGCUACUUAUCGUUGUUUCCAGUGCUAGCUGUCAGGGUCUACUUGUAUGAAAAGGGUUGCAUAGACGGGUAGCCGGUUAAAUGCGGAAAAUAGUCUUUUGGGAUUUUGAUAAAGAUACGUACGGUCUUGCAUGAUACCUGUCCAGAAAAGUUCCAUCAUCUGUUCAAAGUCUAGGGACAAUCACACGAAUUUGAGCUUGAAUAAUCCAACGCCAUGCACGUAAGAAGUACAAAAAAUAGGAAAGUUUUGGUUUAGUUGUAAGGUUGCAUGGUGCUUUAUUUUAAAAUCUGAUAGUAAAAUGUAAUACUGAGAUGGUUUCAGGACUUGUUUGACGUUUCAGACUACGAGCUAAUUCAGCCAUUGUUCUUGCUUAUCUAUGUCAUCUACCUAAAGUAUAUGACACAAGGGUUACAAAAUAAGUUUUGAAGGAAACAUCUGAGUUUAGAAUCUGUUUGAGUAGGACAGUCACUAUAUAAUCAUCUUCGCAUGUUCAACUCAAAAUUGAUGAUAUGACCGAAAGUUGGUGAUAGUGUAAUGUUCCUUUCUAUUGUCGACGCCUUAUUAUAGUCGGCUUGUGUUACCUGUCACCUUCUACCAAUGAGUGAAUCAUGUGGGCCAUGUAAAGCAACCAAUCCAAGAGUCAGUUCAUAUGAGUGCAAAAUGCGUGGUUUUUAAGAAAUAAUACCCUGUUUAAUUCGUUAUCCUAUUUGGCCUUUUCAGGGGUCUGAAACGACAAAGACGUACACAUAUGGAUCACAGAAAUCCAAGGAUGUUGAUGAAGAUAUGCGAUUCCCUGGUCCUAAAUUUUCUGAAUAUGAUUCUUUUUCAGCUAAACUCUCGAUACACCCCCGACAUUUGGAACAGAUGAAGCCACAUCAAAUACAGGGUUUCAACUUCUUGAUGAAAAACUUAGUGGGUGAUAAGCCAGGGGGGUGCAUUGUGGCCCACGCCCCAGGAUCAGGAAAGACUUUAAUGCUCAUUAGCUUUAUUCAAAGCUUUUUGGCUCGUUUUCCUUCGGCAAGACCUUUGAUCAUCCUUCCAAAGGGCAUUCUGCCUACAUGGAAGAGAGAGUUUCAGCGCUGGCAAGUAGAAGACAUCCUGCUCUUUGACUUCUACUCUGUUAAGGCGGAGAGCAGAUAUCAGCAGCUUGAGGUCUUGAAAACAUGGGAGGAGAAUAAGAGCGUUCUCUUCUUGGGCUAUAAGCAGUUUUCCUGCAUAAUCUGUGAUGUGAAAGACAAGAUAGGAGCUGCCUGUCAGGAGAGGCUAUUGAAGGUUCCCAGCCUUCUCAUUCUGGACGAAGGCCACACCCCGAGAAAUGAGGAUACUGACAUACUUUCAACACUUGCAAAGGUACAGACGCCUCUCAAAGUCGUACUCUCUGGAACUCUCUUCCAGAACCGCGUAAAAGAGGUGUUCAAUAUUCUGAAUCUUGUGCGCUGUAGAUUCCUAAAGAUGGAGUCAUCGCGUGCCGUUGUCAAGCGUAUCCUCAGUGGGGUACAUGCACCAGGCCGCAGAAGGAGAAACAUGAAGGGUGAUACAGAGGCAACGUUUUUUGAGUUAGUGGAGGAAACGCUGCAGAAUGAUGAGGACUUUACGAGGAGGGUUGGGAUCAUACGGGACCUUCGAGAAAUGACACGGGAUGUCCUCCAUUACUACAAAGGUGAUUUUUUGGAAGAGUUGCCUGGGCUUGCUGACUUUACCGUGAUGUUGAAGCUGAGAACCCGCCAGAAAGAACUCCUGAAAGAGUUGGGGAAUUAUGACAAGUUCAAGAGAAUUUCAGCGGAAAGUGCGAUCUAUUUGCACCCUUGCUUGAAAGAUUUCGCUGCCCAUGCUUCCGGCAAUAGGAGCAUCAAAGUGACAGAUAAGGAGAUCGACCAUCUCUUAGACUCUAUGGACGUGAAAGAUGGAGUGAAGACGAAAUUCCUUGUGGAUAUCUUGUCCAUGGCGGACGCUGCUGGUGAGAAAGUGCUCGUAUUCAGUCAGUACAUCCUUCCACUGAGAUUCUUGGAGAGGCUGUUUGCUCGGAUUAAGGGCUGGCGUUCUGGAAAGGAGAUUUUUGCAAUCUCUGGCGACACAAAUACCGAGCGGAGGGAAUGGGCAAUGGAGCGUUUCAACAAUUCCCCGGACGCCAAGAUUCUCCUCGGAUCGAUUAAGGCAUGCGGUGAGGGUAUAUCUCUCGUGGGAGCGUCAAGAGUCAUAAUCCUAGAUGUACAUCUGAAUCCUUCCGUAUCUCAACAAGCUAUUGCUCGUGCGUUCCGGCCGGGUCAGACCAAGAGAGUUUUCACAUACAGACUGGUAGCUGCCGAUUCUCCAGAAGAGAAGUACCACUAUAGUUGCUUCAGAAAGGAGCUCAUCGCAAAGAUGUGGUUUGAAUGGGACGAGCACUGCGGGCACAGGCAAUUUGAGCUCGAGAGCGCCCGUGUUCAGGACUGCCAGGAUUUGUUCUUGACGCAUCUUCAUUCUGAAGACGUCAUCAAGGCUUUGUAUAGAAGGUUUGCCGCGCUCCCAGAUUCGUUCGUUCAGGCCUGUCACUGAAGAGGUGAUUGUUAUUGAAAGUUACAUCUUCUUUACCACCCAGGUGAGAGUUGCAGAGACGGAGGAGGUCCCGUCCCGUCUGCUGACUCGCGCUGUACGUUUCUCUCUGAUCUCUCUUGCUUGUUUAUAUAUCCUGCUUCGUUGUCUUUGUUGCUUUGCUAUUGAGCGGCGCCGUAUUGUACGCAUCGGGCUCUGUCAUUUGAAGGUAAUCCCCCCCGACUACCAGAUAUGGUAAACUCUUGCCAUAGGUUGCAUAAUAGCCGACUUUAUAGGCUUAUAUGUCUGUUUUCAGUUCUCUCCUAGCACGCGCCCAUAUCUCGUUCUCUUCUGUGUGUGCUCCUCGUUGCCUACCGAGCAUGCCCAUCUUUACAACAAAGCCUUGGCUCACUUGUCACAUUGAUGUUUCCACUAAGCUUCACAUUGCUAUCUAUUCGGGCAUUUAAUGUUCUCCAACCUUGCAGAAGAAUGACAGUCACUCCUUGUGAUUCUCACUGCCUGCUUGCUUGGCAGAAAUAGUAGUGAGAGCCUCCCUGCGUCACAUCAGAACCCAUGCUGCCGAGGGCGACGUGUUCGCUUUCGGAUAAGCAUCGCCGGGUCCUGUUGCACGGAACCUUCCUCCUUAUGGAGUUGAUUGAUUGAUCGGUUGAUUAAUUAAUUAGUUACUUAUACCGGGAGACUUCGGGCGCCACUUUAAAUCCGUCUAUUUUCCAUAUUUUUCAGCGGGAUGGUUUGGAUAAUGCUCGACCUCUUUUCUAGUGGGCGUCAACUGGGUAAAACGGCGACUUUCAGUGACUCCACCACAAGAAGGGGGAGGAGGGGUGGGGAAGGGUGGACUCGGCUUUCCCUUCGCUUGUCUGACUCGGUCCUGGCUUGGCCCAUGUGAUUGUGUCGCCACACCAAUUUGUUGACUUUCUCGUGCCAAGUGAUAUAGAUAUCUCCUUGAUGAAGAUUUUGUUAUAUUCCUCUGAUUUUGGCCACUUAUGCCCGUUUUGUCUUUUUUUCUGUAUGACGAUAUUUUCUGCGAGGGGGAUUCUGAGCUGGCUGGCGGUGUAUCCCCGUUUCUUCAGAGAUCAGGGACCAUCUUAGAAGAGAUUACAGAAGAGCUCGAUGUACACGAGGGUGGGUGUGCAGAUUCCACGGAAACCCAGUCAACAAAGUGUACUGAAAAUGGGAGGUUGAGCUUAUUCCAUGUACAAGGAUGGGAACUGAUCAACGACGGAACGCAGUUCCGCGGAUUAAAGAGGGUUCUCUAAGCCAAAUAUUCAGGUGGGGAUUUCAGGUAUCUUUGUCCUCGUUAAAAGCUGAAACAAAGCUACCGCCUUCCCAUCUUUUCGAUGUACACAGAUGGAAACACAGCUGUUUUGUCACCAGAUGGAAGGACUAUAUGUGCCUGGCUGAUCAGAAAAGAGAAGAUGAGAAGCACAGCUGUUUUGUAAACGUGAAGGUAG